UGCAUAGGCCUAUGCUAGUUGAAAAAGCUACAACGCAGGCAGCUUCCCGGUUGUUUCCUCACUGCCCAGACCGCACUCCACUCGAGGGCGAGACUCCCUUCUCCCUCCCUGGCUUUCAUCAGACCGGAGUAUAGCCGCUGCGUCAAGAGGCUACAUAAACAGCUCCCAAAUAGCUAGCUAGCGCUCCAGCCGGCACCACAAGUCAUAGCCAUCCGAGCAGUGAGGAAAGGAAAAUUUAACAGUACAGCAAGACUCCUCCAGAAGCAAGCACACCAAGCCAUCCGACCACUGACGACAGAAAACUAGAAGCUUGGAUCCACCGUCACCAUGGACGGCAACAAGAAGCUUGUGACCGCGGCCGAGAAGACCAUUCCAGCUACCGUCCAGCGGGCCAGCAGAUGGGCGCUCUACAACGCCUGCUUCACCGUGGGCCACGCGGUCACCUACGCACUCCUCCAGUCCUCCUUCGCCCUGCGGUGCGUCCAGUGGACGGACGCCAAGGCCGCCCAGGAGAGCGCCCUCUGUCUCUGGAUGCUGCGCUGCGCCGUACUCCAGGCGGCCGCGGCGGCGCUGGCGCUGCACCUGUCGUGCCGCCGCCGCUGGGUCCGCCACGCCCUGGCCUACCUCGCGCUCGUGGUCGCCUUCGUCGGCCACUGCAUGUACGUCGCCGCCGUCCGCCUCCUCCUCGCCGCUGACUGCCCUGGAUACGUCUUGCUCAGGAUCUUGUGCACCGCGUACAUUGCCUUCUUCCUAUGGGGCGACCUGCUCUACUUCCUUGGCCUCCUCCUGGGAGGUGACAACUGAUGAGCAGGGCAAAGCAGCAGUGCGUAGGCAGCCGAUCGAUUAGUUCAGCAAGCUGCAGAUAUGUCCAUGGAUCAACUGAUGUUCGUUCAUGAGGUACUGAUGAAGUGAUGGAAUAAGAAAGUAGAGUAUGCAUUAUGCUACGACCAUUGAUGGAGUGCGCUAUGUCUGAAUUUACCUAGUGUUAAUUGGAUGGGUCUGACUAUAUACUCCCUCCGUUCCAUAAUGUAGUACCUAUAGAUUUUUACAAAAGUCAAACAUUACAAACUUUGACCAUGUAUAUAGAGAAAAGUAGGUACAUCUAGAAUACCAAAUGCAUCUUAUUGGAUACAUCGUGAGUGAUAUUUUCAAAAUAUACAUGUUUGGUAUUGUAGAUGUAGACAAUUUUCUCUAUACACUUGGUCAAAGUUGGCAAAGUUUGACUUUUACAAAAAUCUAUAGGCACUACAUUAUGGAAUGGAGGGAGUACUACUUAGUACUGUUUGUGUAAUGUGAGCUAUAUAAAUAGCCUGGAUUGUGGCCGGCUUUGAUGUAUAUAUUAGACCUUUUCAUUUCCCUGCAUUAUGAUUAUCACA